AUGUCAAUUCAUGUGAUAGUAAUCGGCGCGGGCAUCGCUGGACUAUCGGGCGCCAUUUCAACGAAACUGGCGAAUCCGGAACACAAAGUUACAAUCCUCGAGUCUGUCCAUGAGCUGGCUGAAAUUGGUGCCGGCCUCCAAUUGACCCCCAACGCAACACGUCUUUUCAAGCCAUGGGGGAUCUAUGACCGUCUCCUUCCCUUCGCCGCUGCCCCCGGUUGUCUUAACGUCCGGCGCUUUGAUGGCACCAAAGUCCUCUCAUCAACUCCAAAUUUCCAAGCCCAGAUUGCUGAGCGAUAUCCUGGGCCGUUCUGGGACCUACACCGAGUAGAUCUGCAACAUGCCAUGGUUUGUCGCUGCGAGGAAUUGGGGGUGAUACUCCGACUUUCGAGCAAGGUCGUCUCCGUUGAUUUCGCCAACGCAGAAGUAACCAUCGAAAGCGGAGAGAACAUCCAGGGCGAUGUGGUACUCUGCACCGAUGGUCUUUGGUCCGCAGCCCGAUCCCAGUUUCUGGGGAAACAAUCACCUCCAAUUCCCACUGGCGAUCUAGCUUAUAGAAUCUCAAUAGACACAUCCACCAUGUCUGGCACCGACGCCCCUGAACUCAAGAAAUUUAUCGAAGCCUGCCAUGUGAACUUUUGGGCCGGUCCUAGAACACACGUUGCCUCGUACUCCGUCCGCGGCGGUUCAGUAUUCAACUUGGGACUGCUCUGCCCUGACGACCUCCCCCCCAGCGUCGCAAAACAAGAAGGUGAUCUCAACGAGAUGAAAGAACUUUUUGAAGGCUGGGAUCCGAUCUUGAUGAAGUUCUUAAACCAAGUAAAGACCGUGUCGAAAUGGAAACUCAUGUGGUUGGAACCCCUCCCUGAGUGGGCGAAUAAAGAAGGAACCUUUCUGAUGGCUGGGGAUUGCUGUCACCCUAUGCUUCCAUAUCUCGCACAAGGAGCGAACUCUUCCCUUGAAGAUGGGGCUGUGAUUGGACUUUUGCUAGGGAAAAUCUCGAAGGACAAGAAGGAGGAACAGUUACCUAGGCUGGCAGAGAUGUAUCAAGCUCUGAGGAAGCAGCGUGGGGAGGAUAUACAGAAGGAGUCGUUUAAACAAAGGGAAGACUUUCAUAUGGAGGAUGGGGAGCGGCAGAGGAUAAGGGAUCAGGUGUUUGAGAGGAAUUUUGGGAGGAGCGAGCCCGUUGAGGACUUUCCUAGUCGGUGGACGUGUCCGAGGGUCCAGAAGUGGUUGUAUGGGUAUGAUCCUUAUAUGGAGGCUGAGAGCGCUUGGGAACAGAACCCUUUCUAA